AUGAUCUUCUUUCUGUAUUUUGUUUCUUUCAUUGGCUUACUGCAGUUAAGAAAUCAUUUUAUUAUGUUUCUUAAACUUGCUUCUUUGUUUUCCUUUAACGAAAACUAUUUAUCUAUCUUCAUAAUUAUCUUCACGUGCUCUUUCAAUCUAUCUAUCUAUCUAUCUAUCUAUCUAUCUAUCUAUCUAUCUAUCUAUCUAUAUGUCUGUCUGUCUAUCUAUCUAUCUAUCUUGAAAAACUACCUUUACGUGCUAUUCGUAUUUGUCUGUUCGUAUCUAUCUAUCUAUUUCCGUUCAUCGCUGUCAUCCCCCCCUCUCUCUCUCUCUAUAUAUAUAUAUAUAUAUAUAUAUUUCAGUCUGUUCAUCUCAUUCGCCAUCUCCCUCUCUCGCACACUGUACCUCUGUUCAUAUCUAUCUAUCUAUCUAUCUAUCUAUCUAUCUAUCUAUCUAUUUAUUUUCAUUCAUCUCUCUCUCUCUCUCUCUCUCUAUAUAUAUAUAUAUAUAUAUAUAUAUAUAUAUAUAUAUAUAUAUAUAUAUAUAUAUAUAUAUAUACCUUCAUCUAUCUAUUUCAAUCUGUUCAUCUCAUUCUCCAUCUCCCUCUCUCUCGCGCACGGUACUUCUGUUCAUAUAUAUCUAUCUAUCUAUCUAUCUAUCUAUCUAUCUAUCUAUCUAUCUAUCUAUCUAUCUAUCUAUUUUCCUUCAUGCUGUUCUGUUCGUAUCUAUCUAUCUUAA